AUGUCACUACAAGGCGACCCGGAUCCUACUACUCCGGCAACAGGAUUGCCAGAUUAUAACUCAGACAUCCAAGUUGACCCUUCUUUUAUCUCAUGGAGCGACAGUAGUUCUCACUACGUAAGAGGCGGCGAGUACUCGGACGACUCAUUGAGGUCCUCCAUCUAUGAAUAUCGAUUUGAAAAUGGCCGACGCUAUCAUGCAUACAAGGACGGGAAAUACGCAAUCCCGAAUGAUGAAGCGGAGCAGGAUCGAUUGGAUACUAUUCAUCACAUUUAUCUGUUAAUGCUUGACGAUCAACUCCAUCUUGCGCCUAUUGCGCCAAACCCAACAAUGAUUCUAGAUGUAGGAACAGGCACCGGGAUAUGGGCAAUCGAUGCAGCAGAACGAUAUCCCACAGCGCAAGUCAUUGGGACCGAUCUUAGUCCCAUUCAACCUAGCUGGGUACCACCAAACGUACAAUUUCAGAUUGAUGACGCAGAGAUGGAGUGGACAUUUGAAGAGAACACGUUCGAUCUCGUGCACAUCAGACAUUUGACCGGGGGUAUCUCGGAUUGGGAUAAGUUUUUGAAGGAGGCCUACAAAGCAACGAAACCUGGAGGGUGGCUCGAUCUUUCGGAGUUCGAAUUUUGGCUAUUCAGCGACGAUAACAGCCUCCCGGUGACCUCCCCUAUUUAUCGUUAUUACGAAGCCGUUAACGAUGCCGCUUCCGCCAGAGGCCGAGAAUUCCGGAAAGCAUCUUCCCUGGACCAGCACAUCGCUAAUGCAGGCUUCAUCAACAUCCAUCAUCUCCGGUACAAACUGCCCUACGGCACAUGGCCAGCAGAUCGGAAGCAGAAAGAGAUGGGUGCAUAUCUCUUGCUAACAGCAGAGAACGCGUUUGAAGCGUUUGCGUUGGCGCCACUAACGAGGGAUGGGACCAUGUCACUGGAAGAGGUGGAAGAGUUAAUUAGAUUGGCGAAGAGGGAUAGUACAAAUAGGAAGAUGCAUUCUUAUUCGUUGCAGUGA